CACCCCAACAAAAAGUCCACAACCAAAAUCAAGAGCAUCAGGAGGAGAGAAAUUAACACCAACCCCAUUUCCAAAAAGAGUACCAAAAUCAAAAUCAACUCCAUCCCCAAGACCAAAACUUAGACCUAGACCAAGAACAAGAACGACCUCGACUUCAAUACUUACACCACCAACACCAAAACCACUACCAAUUCCACAAUCAACACCAAAACUAAAAUCAAGAUCAAGGGCAAGAUCAAAACUAAAUCCAACACCACAACCAACACGAGUUUCAAAAUCAUACCCAAGACCAACACCAAAAUCAAAAUCAAAAUCAAAAUCAAAAUCAAAAUCAAAAUCAAAAUCAAAAUCAAAAUCAACACAAAUCUCAACACAAACCCCAAUACCACCACAACAACAACAAACAAAACAAGAGUUUAUGUUUACUUCAUCCACACACCCACAAUUCAUUGAUGGUCCCUCAAUUGAAGAAUAUGAUGAAGUACUUGGCCAAUGGGUCACAAUUUACCCAUCACAAUCACAAUCAACAUCACAAUCAACAUCACUACCAAGUACACCUGUCCCCUCAUCAGGUUAUCCAACAUUUUAUGCACCAGAGUCAAAAUACAAUAGUACUGGUGCACCAACACAAUCAUAUGAGGGAAUGGUUGAGGGGCCAUCAAUUGAAGAGUUUGAUGAAGAACUUGGUGAGUGGGUCACCAUAUACACCGCACCAACAACAUACGCAAACUCUACACAACAACCACAACCAAGUACACCAACCACCUCAUCCGAUUACCCAACCUUUUAUGCACCAGAGUCCAAAUACAAUAGUACUGGUGCACCAACACAAUCAUAUGAGGGAAUGGUUGAGGGGCCAUCAAUAGAAGAAUUUGAUGAAGAACUUGGUGAGUGGAUCACCAUAUACACCGCAUCCCCAACAUUCACACAUACUACACCCAUCGCUUCAUCUAACUACCCAAAAUUCUAUGCACCAGAAUCAAUAUUCGAUUCUACUGUAGAUGAUAUCAACUCUUUAAAAUCAAAUAAUUUAAAGAUUAAAACAGUGUACCGAGACUGCACCAAUCAAAUCUACACUAAUGAAAUUUUCUAUUUACUAAUUGAUGGUUAUAAUACAUUGCUCUGGCCAAUCAACUAUUAUAAUCAUCGAAUAGUUUUAGAUAACGAAAAGAUUAUGUAG